ACACAAGGGACGGCGGUGCUUUCAGAGAGAACCUUAAGGCAUUAACAACCGUAUAGCUACCUGUAGCGCUAGGCAACCACUGAAGCGUGGAAAUGUUUAACAGCCUUCUCAGGGAAUUCGACGACGAUCCGUUCUUCUCCUCAUCUAGGGAUCCCUUCCAGGCACACAAUGAGCGCGUGCGGCAGAUGAUGCGGACCUUCUCCGACCCCUUUGGCCACGACAUAAUGCCACGACUGACGGAUGGGCGAGGCAGGGAGCCUCGAGACAGAGGGACAGGGGGACAGCCUGGCACCAGCAUGGCGCUUCGGCAGGACCGCAUGGGCAUGGACUUCAGAAACCCCUUCAGCAUGAUGGACAAUAUGAUGUUCGGCAUGAGGAAUGUGAUGGAGGAUAUGCACAGAAACUUUGAGAACCUAUCAACAGACUCCAACACCCACUCCUUCAGCUCCUCCUCGGUCAUGACGUACUCCAAGGUCGGGGAUGAACCUCCCAAGGUGUUCCAGGCCUCCAGCCAGACACGUCAGGCACCGGGUGGGAUAAAGGAAACCCGGCGGUCGAUGAAGGACUCGGAGAGCGGGUGGGAGAAGAUGGCGAUAGGACACCAUAUCCAUGACCGAGGACACGUCAUUGAGAAGAAGCACAACCGGAGGACUGGAGAACGGGAGUUCAACCAGGACUUUCAAAACAUGGACGAAACUGAAGCACAGUCUUUCGAUGAUGAAUGGCAGCAGGAGGUAUCGAAAUUCUGUCCACCUACCCGCAUGUCCCGCCUGGAGGCACCGAAAACUAGGGCCGUGCACCGAGCAGCCAUCGCCAAUGCUGAGGAGGGCAGGAGUGAGAAGCCAAAGCUGAAAGCAGAGGGGAGGAAAGCGCGCGUCAGUGACCCCAACGCCAAGGGAUCCAGCAUGAAAAAACAAUGAAGUCAUAGCAGGAAUAAAAACAGGAAUAAAACUCUUCAGGAAACAAUGCUCUGGUGCUCCUGUGUGCCUCCCAGACCAAAUCCCUUUGCUUUCCAGCAGUCUUUUGUUCAGCUGAGCUGGUGGAUAGCUACUGAAAUUUCUACUGUGUUUUCUUUCAGUCCCCUUUCUCCAUGUUUAUGAUCACAGCACAGAUUAAAAGCAGAGUUUUACAUGAAUCCAGUCUCUUUACCAAUCGGAGCAGGUCCAAUCACACAUGCUUGCUGUAAAAGCUAGGGAGAAUCUUUAGGACAGCUAGGAGGAGCAGUGAAACAUAGACUGCAAUGUGCUGUAGGAAUUCAGGAAUCAUUUCAUUGUCUGAGAAUGUAGACAAACACACUGAUUUUUUUUUCCCCCCGAAACAGCAGGGUUACAAGAUGCCAUUCAUGUAUUUGGGAUACACAACAAAAGGCAUAGAAACACUGUAAUUUUAGGUUACAGCAGAUUGUGCACCUGAGUGAGUAGAAAACUCUGUAUCUCAUUUUAAGGUUGUACAGAAUGCAUCCGUAAAGGUCACAAAUAUAUUUUGAGAAUUUUGUUGUUUAUAGUUCCUGCAUACAUUUAGAUUAAUAGUGUGUGUAUAUGUGAAAUGUGUAGUUGCCAUGAUCCUCAAGAUAUUUUAUCUGCUGUAAGUUGUCUUUGUAAAAAUAUAUAUAUAUAUAUAAACAA